UUAAACAAAAUAAAGAAAGAAAAAAGAAAAAUUGAACUCAGCAAACAGGCCUUGCCCUCAGCCGACAUUUGAGCACACAUCCUUAUCCAUUCGUUGGGAUAAUACCUUGCAGCAGGUCUCUCACCAGGUUCGUCUAACAAACAAUUUUUCUCACAAAAUCAGGAACUGCGAAUUUGGUAUCUCGAUAUUAAUGCAGAAGAAAAUAUAUCUUGAAGACCUUAGCAUGGAACAGAAAAAUGUGAAUUCUAUAUGGAGACCAGUUGCCACUAAGGCCAGUGCUUGUGAAGGUGCAAUUGUUGAGUCAGAUCGAGGCACAGUUCAGGGAAUGGGCGGCAGCACAUCUUCCACUGUUUCAAAUGAUCAUGUUAUGAAGGUAGCUACUGAAGCUAUAGAUGCAAUAGCUAAAUCAGCUACUAGUUCAAGCCAAUUGCAGGAUAAUGUUGAAAACAGAGUGCUACGAGGAGAUUCUUCUGUCUCCUCUGAAAAGCAUUCAAUUUCUGUGCAGGUUGGUGCUUCUCUAUUUCCUUUUAUUAAAGGACAAUGGGGAUCCACACAGAAAAGGAUAGAAGAGGAGAUGGGGGUUAAAAUAAUAAUGCCUACUUCAAAAGAUGACGAUUUCAUUUCCAUUGAAGGCAUUUCAAUCGACAGUGUGAAUUCAGCUUCGGAGAGGAUACAGGAUAUAAUUGAUGAGAGUGUUAAUAGUCGAAACGUUGAUUAUUCACACUUCAUAUCCAUUCCACUGGCAAUUCAUCCUGAGUUAGUUAAGAAACUCAUUAAUUUUGAACACUCAAUUUUGGGAAAUGUUUCUUACAAGGAUAGGAGCACUUAUACUGAUUCCAAUGAAGUGGAGGGUACUACUGACACCAAAGGUAAAAAUGCUGGUGUUGCAGUUGAACAUAAAGUUAAUCUUACCGAGAUACCCCUUGUCAGUUACAAACCUAAAGCAUUCCAGUCUGCUGCUUCAUCCGAUCUGGGUAUUGACAAAUCUAUAUUCACCAGGCCUAAAACAUUUCACCUUACAGUACUGAUGCUUAAGCUAUGGAACAAAGAACGAAUUAAGACAGCCACUGAGGUCCUGCAGAGUAUCUCCUCGAAAGUUAUGGAAGCCUUGGAUAAUCGGCCACUCUCUAUAAGAUUAAAGGGACUGGAACUCAUGAAAGGUUCUUUGGCAAAAGCCCGUGUUUUAUAUGCUCCUGUGGAAGAAAUUGGCAGCGAGGGCCGUCUUUUACGUGCUUGUCAAGUCAUUAUUGAUGCAUAUGUUGAAGCUGGACUCGUCUUAGAGCGUGAUGCUAAACACAAACUGAAGCUACACGCCACUGUGAUGAACACGAGAUAUAGUCAAAGGACUACGUGGAAAAGAACGGCUUAUUCUUUUGAUGCACGAGGCAUAUUUGAGCAGUAUGGAUCGGAGGACUGGGGGCAGUAUCUUAUUCAUGAAGCUCAUCUUUCGCAGAUAUUUUCUUUCGACGAAAAUGGAUACUAUCAUUGUUGUGCUUCAAUUCCUUUUCCUGGAAAUGUGCAGGUGGAAUGAUUGAUGUUUUGUUCAUUAUUACCGCACUAUCUUUUAUGUGGAAUAAGGAUUUAAGUGGUAGUUUCAUGAAAUAUAUUAAACUUUCUACCACCCAAAGAAAAUGCCUGUGGUUAGAUCAAUUUUCAGUGUUAGUGUUUUCUUAUGAGAUUGCAGAGUACUGAAGAUUAGUUUUUUUUUUUUAUGGACAUGAUCGUCGGUGUCAAAAUACUGUUUUCGAUUAAUCAUGUUUGGUUAGAAAGUAAGUAAAGUCGGUUUAGUAAUUGGUUUUUUGUGUCAAUGACAGUUUGUAUUUAUCCAAAUGAUUGGAUCUUGAAUUACGAAAUAUAUGCUAUAUAAAGUAAGCUUAAAUCUUUCGGCUCUAA